GCGGGCGGCGGCGGCGGGGCCGGCGCGGAGCGGAGCGGGGCGGGCGCCAUGCAGAGCGCGCUGUUCCUGGCGCUGCAGCACCGCGGCGCGCAGAUGGAGCGGGGCGGCCGCCGGCGCGGCGAGGAGGCGGAGGAGAAGGAGAAGGAGAAGGAGAAGGGCCGCGUCAAGAGGACGAUCAUUAGAGAUUGGAAAACGAGGCUGAGCUUCUUCCUGCAAAACUCCUCCAAUUCCGCUAAAAUGAAACCCAAGAAGGCAGGAAAGCACCACACCUACUUCAGCAGACCUUCCCCUGAAGAAGCCCAGCUGUGGUCGGAAGCUUUUGAUGAACUUCUGGCUAACAAAUAUGGCCUUGCUGCUUUCCGAGCUUUCCUGAAGUCCGAGUUCUGUGAGGAGAACAUUGAGUUCUGGUUGGCCUGCGAGGACUUCAAGAAAACCAAGUCACCCCAGAAGCUGACAUCGAAAGCAAAAAAAAUCUACAAUGACUUCAUUGAAAAGGAAGCUCCUAAAGAGAUAAACAUAGACUUUCAAACCAAGAACAUGAUUGCUCAGAAUAUUCAAGAAGCCACACAUACCUGCUUCAGCGCAGCGCAGAAGAGAGUUUACAGCUUGAUGGAGAACAACUCGUACCCACGGUUUUUAGAAUCCGAGUUCUAUCAGGAGCUGUGCAAAAAAGCGCCCAGAGUGGCCCAGGCAACAUGAGCUGCCGCGAGGAGCACAGAGAAACCUCUCAGCUACUGAGGAAGAAAGCCACAGGUCCCAGCAGCAUCCCGACCGGAAAGACUGAGAUACCAAGCGCACAGUCUGUCUGCUAGGAUGCCCGGACAAGUACUGACUGUGGUGCAAAGCCAACGGCAGGGGAGGACGCUGGAGGGCAUGCAGGGGCUGCGGCCACAGGGGUCGCAGCCCGCUGCUGGGGACGGACCUUUUUCCGUCAACACCGCAGUGAAAAGGUGGUUCCGUGUUUUAGACGAAGCUGUGUGGCGUGAUGCUCCUCGUGUCACAGGGGAGGUGUUGAUGCAGUAGGUUAGAGCAGAGCUUCCCUUUGGUAGGCACAAGUAGCUCUGUACAGCUGAGCAGUGCUGGGAGCUUGAGUAAUUGGUUACAUACUUAUUUUUCCUAAACAUCAACCAGUGCUGCUGUCAUCAUUCCCUUAGUGUCUCAACACUGGUUGUAUAAACUGAAGAUUUGUAGCUGCAAACAGCUGUAUCAGGCAUUUCUGCAUCUGCUAGACACUAAUAGCACCAGCAGCACGAAGCAAGGAAGGGGGAUAUCGUUCGCUCCCCAGAGGAGCGGGUCGUGUCACUAAGUACACAGGGCUGGACGAUGUCAGUGGGGCUGCAGGGGAGCAAGCUGAAGGCAAAACAUGGCCGCAGCGAACAGGAGCUAAGUGUAUUAUGUGCAGAUUAUGGUUGUGUUGAAUGCUGUAUUAAUGUCAUAAUUGUCUUGAGGACAGCAAGCUUCAGUGAAGUUUUUAUUGUUUUUAAUAAACUAUUUGAUACAAAA